GACGCAAUGGAUUCCCAGAGCGCGUUUACGAUGAUCCGGGGCGUGCAGCAGGCACUCAAGGUGCUGGUAUUCUUGCAGUUGACAGAAUAUUUGUGGCCGAAGCACAUCGAUGUACCAGAUGGAGCGAGUUUCGAGUUUAUCGUGGUAGGCGCGGGCACGGCGGGCAGCGUCGUCGCCAACCGGCUCACGGAAGACCCCAACGUCAACGUGUUGCUUAUAGAGGCCGGGGGAGCCCUCCGUUAGAA